AUGGAGGAACCAAGAUCUUCAUCACCCGCUUCAACAUCUCAUAAUUCUACAACUUCAACAACAACAACAACAUUACCAUCUCCACCACCACUUCCUCAAAGUAUCUCCCUCAUUCAACCCUCUCAAAAAAAAAAACAUAAACCAAAAGUCAUUCGUGUCUUCCGCUCCGUGUUCCGUUCCUUUCCAAUUAUAACCCCCGCUUGCAAAUUCCCUACAAUCCCAACAGGGCCCAACGACGCUCACCACCACCAUCACCACAAAAACAUCGGUGGAAGCAUUGGGACAAAAGUAUCUGGAACGUUAUUCGGUCAUCGUAAAGGACGCGUUAGUCUCUCCGUUCAAGAGAAUCCAAAGUGUCUACCUUCAUUGGUCAUCGAACUUUCAAUGCAAACAAGCGUGUUACAGAAGGAAAUGGCGGCAGGAAUGGUGAGAAUUGCACUGGAAUGUGAAAAAAGACAAGAAAAAGAUAAGACAUUGUUGGUUGAAGAACCGUUAUGGACAAUGUAUUGUAAUGGGAAGAAAACGGGUUAUGGUGUGAAGAGAGAAGCCUCAGAAGAGGAUCUACAUGUUAUGGAGCUUCUUAAAGCUAUAACAAUGGGUGCUGGUGUUGUUCCAAUGAAAAAUGAAGUUGACGAUGUUGAUGGAGAAUUGGCUUAUAUGAGAGCUUCUUUUGAACAUGUAGUUGGUUCUAAGGAUUCUGAGACUCUUUAUAUGUUGAGUCCUGAGGGAAAUAAUCCUGGGCCUGAACUUUCUAUAUUUUUUGUGAGGAUUUAA